GCCAGCCAAAUCCUCACUUUCUGUCUCUACGUAUCUAGUCUGGUAUGCUAAUUACACUACCUUGUUAUCGCUUCAUCGAUUGCCUCUACACAGGGCUCCUAGCGUACUUCAAGCUCGGCCAAUACCAACAGCUCGCUCACAAUUGGCAGCUUGUAAUCUGCCAGUCGACUCACACCACUACCACCCAAACUUGUCGCAUCGAAGCAUACUGCAUGCUCCAAAACUGUCCUUCGUUGAUUUUCUGCGACUUGAGGCGUGUUGCCACUCUGUCUUUGCCCUCGAACAAGUGGGAAAGGCGCCGCUGUGACAACUUUCAAGAUUGCAAACGAACUUCCACCGACCCCGCCACAACAUAGUCCUCGCAACACAAGAAGCCGUGGUGGCUUCACCCCUGAAGUCUGUUCACUGUCUGUCCACUGUCACUUUCUCCUCUUUCUUUUCACAGCGAUCGGUUUCACUGAUCCAUCCGGAGGUAACACAUACCACCAUGGCCGACAGAAGCAAACCCGCAUCCAGGCUGCCAGCGUGGCUAGUCGAUCAGCAAUCUCUGGCCGCGAAAGCGUCAGAUGAGUUUUGGAAGAUUGGCCAGGCGAAGAAUCGUGGUGACGACCCGAUGACAACCAUCUACAACAUCUCGGAUGAAGCGCUUGAGAAGCUUGGCAUAUUUAAGAAAGUAGAAAAGCUCCAGGUCGAGGUUACAGAGAGUCAAGGUCGCCCUAGUGCGAUCGGAGAGCAACGACAGUUUGUGAGCGUUGAACCAGAUAAGAUCCGUAAAAAUGAAUUUCGCGACUCGAGGCCACUUGCAAAGGUCCAGAAGAGAAAAGCCUCAAAGUCUCCCGCACGCGACUCUAUCGAGCCCCGGAAAGCAUCGAGAACAUUGAAUACCGGUUUCGUGCCGGCCGAGAUGCCCAUUGCCGAAUCAUCCAAGGUUGGUGCGGCUCGAAAACCUUCUACAUCUCUCGAUAGGCCUGCUGCAGAGGAUCGCAGUGCGAAAGUGCCAAAAAGCGAAGCCGAGACUAAGUAUGAGCCUAAGGACCUCCCUGAAUGGCUGAAGACGAUCAACAAUGUCACCAUGGCCCGAGAGCUAAAGCGGCCAGACAAGGAACGAACUCAAGCUCUUCGUUCACUCGACGCUUUCAAAGAUUGCAUCAGGCGCUGUGAAGACGCCGCGGCCGCUAAGAAGCCUGAAGCGCAGCUUGAAAAGCUGUUUGAGGAGCUCCGCGAUCACGUACACAAGGCUGAGAUCGUGCUCAAAGGAGUCGACAAGCUUGUGGUGCGCAAAACAAACAUGCUCACGAUUCAGAAUGGCCUUCCACGGAUCUUCAUGGGGACAAUCGAUCUCGAUUACCCAUGGGAUCUGAGAGCGGAUGCAUGGCAGCUAUACCUCCGCUGGCAUCGACAAGACUUCAAGACUGAUCUUCUGCGAGGCAUUGUCACCCGAAAAGAAAAAGACCGUGCCAGCGACCGUAUCGAUCCUGAGUGGGCCAAGGAUCCCUUGAAGAAAAUUCCCGCCAACUAUCAUGGACAAGGCCACCUUGUACUGGGCCAGUGGUGGCCAACGCAACUGUGUGCUGUUCGGGAUGGAGCCCACGGUACACCUCAAGGCGGCAUUUGGGGGGCGAAGGGAAAAGGAGCAUACUCUAUCGUAUUGUCAGGCGGUGGUCCAGGUUAUAAAGAUAGGGAUGAAGGCGACACUAUCUGGUACUCUGGAACCGACAAGAAAGAAGCGGACUCUUCGGAUCCCACGGAAAACACCCAGCGGCUGAUUGAAUCCUGUGACGAGUUUCCUGACCGACCUGUCCGCGUACUGCGUUCCUCGCAGCUUUCCGCCACGAAUCGCUAUCGCCCGAAAUAUGGUCUACGGUACGAUGGCCUGUAUAGACUGGUAGAGUACGAGCUUCUGGAUAAGUCGAAGCAAGAGCAUCUAUUCAAAUUGGUUCGGUGCGAGAACCAGAAUCCUAUCCGGUGCGAAAACAAUGCUGCCCGGCGACCAACCAAGUAUGAGGAGGAAGAAUUUCUAAAGCUAAAGCGCUAGCGGCAUAUUGCGUCAACAUUGCAACUUGUGUAUGUGGGCGGACUGCAGCUUGAAGCCGCCCUGGAUUUUGAAGCUAGGACAGCAUGGAUUAGGUUGUCAUGCGACCACACUGUGCGAAUGUUAUAUGGUUGGGUCGUUCCCUUCAGUAAGGCGCUCGAGUGUAUUUCUGGAGUGAAGGCGUUUGGGGGCGAUGCACAAAUCUUUAGCGAUUAAGGACUGACAUUAUGCUCUCGUCUGGUAGUUUUUGGACGUCAUACUCGACCGCGGGCGAGAGGACUCUGGUUUCGUUGGGACAUCAGCCAGUUUCUUUUGGAUUACGCCACACCACGAGAUCUGGUAUCCCGAUGAGCAUAGAGGGCUCGUGCCAGACAGUAUCACAUCCCUG